ACAAAACAAAACUAGUUGAUUAUGUUGCUUUGUUCGUUCCUCGCAAAUUCACCUCUUUCAAGUUUCAACAAAACAAAGAAAGAUGGUACCCUUUGAGGAGAAUGAUAAUGACAUUUUCAUGGAGCAUGUGUCUUAUGAAGGCCUUGAUUCGAGUUCUCGAAUAGGUCCUCAAUACCAGGCGAAAAUUCCUUCCGUGAUUACGAAAUCCGAGCAGUUUUCACUUCAAAUGAAUCAUGUUGAUUCAUUAGCUGGGCAUGAUAAAUCACUUUCCUUUGCAAUUGGUUUGCCCAUCCCAGUCACAUGGAUACACAAUGAAAUGGAGGAUAGUGGACAUGGAGACAUCAAUUCAUGUCAAUUGGCCCCUGGCAUAUUGAGUAGCUCCUGGAGUGAUGCUGAUACAAAAAGUUUUCUACUUGGUUUGUUUAUUUUCGGGAAGAACUUUAUUCAGAUCAAAAGGUUCUUAGACAACAAAGGGAUGGGGGAAAUACUUUCACUUUACUAUGGAAAAUUUUACAAAACUGAUGGAUAUUGUAGAUGGUCGGAGUGCAGGAAGACAAAAGGGAGAAAAUGUAUGAUAGGACAGAAACUUUUUACUGGUCCGAGGCAGCAGGAACUGUUGUCCCGCUUGAUUCCUCACGUCUUGGAAGAAUCUCAAGAUACUUUGUUACAGGUUUCUAAGUCAUAUGUGGAGGGCACAACUUCUCUAGAAGAAUACAUAUCUUCAUUGAAGGCUACUGUUGGACUUGGCGUUCUUAUGGAAGCAGUAGGUAUUGGUAAGGAGGAGGGAGACCUUACUAGGCUUGGUGGGGAAAAUGGGAAAAACAGUAGGGCGUUUUCAGCACCAACUGGCAAAGCUUUGUCUUCUCUUGAACCGAGUGAUAUAAUACAAUUUCUGACAGGAGGAUUUAGGCUGAGCAAAACCAAAAGUAAUGAACUCUUUUGGGAAGCCGUUUGGCCCCGCUUACUGGCAAGAGGUUGGCACUCUGAGCAACCAAAGUAUCGAGGCUAUGUGACCUCCAAAGAUUAUCUGGUUUUUCUUAUUCCCGGUGUUGAGAAGUUUUCGAGGAGAAAACUUGUGAAAGGUAAUCAUUACUUUGAUUCUGUUAGCGAUGUCUUGGGCAAAGUUGUAGCUGAACCGAAUAUUCUUGAGCUUGAAGAAGAAGAAGCAGCAGCAGCUAACGUUAGUAACUUCAAUGAGGAAGAGCCAGAAAAGGGAUCAAAUGAAGACGAUUCAUCCGAUGAUCAUCGUCAAUGUUACCUCAAGCCCCGAUCUUCUACUUACAAAAAAGAUCAUAUCAAAUUAAUAAAGAAAUUUGGUGCAUGGCGGAAAGCCAUCUGAUUUAAGGAAAUUGAAACCUGUUCCUGUCAAUGCAGUUAGUAAAGUUGAGGUAGAUGCUACUGGUAAAAAAUAUAAAGGGCAAAAAUAUAUGAGGAAAGUAAACCGUAGCAAUGAUACCUCUAAAAGCAUAAUACAGAAUUCGACAAAAUUGACAGUUAUUGAUACCAAUAGACUUUCCGAAGGAAAGGUAUUGAAGCUGAAAGUGAAACAAUUGAAAUAUCCGUCAGUUGAAUUAGAGGGUGCUUCUACGAUGACUACUGCUCUUCUGGGAGAAAGUAAGGGCGACUCUUCAACCGAUGAUUCACCGAGGAUGGUGGAAGCUAAGAUGCUUAUAUGUGCCAAAAAGAAAAUCAAUAAAACUGAUAGUCGCAGAGGUGUAUCUAACAGUGGUGCUCCCAUUAAAAAAGAAGCAUAUGAAAAUCCUGAUAAUGAUGCAAACAAGAGGACCGAAAACCAGAAAAAUCAACACACCUAUGUGUUUGAUGAUUAUGAUCAUCUGAAGAGGAUCACAAAGCAUCAAUUCAAUCGGAGAGUAAGAUCAGGUGAUUCUACUGAUGCAGUUGUUCCUAUUAAAAGGAGGAGAUUGACUGAUUGUGCCAAGUCAGAGAAGAGCCGCGUCAUUGAGAAUUCUUCAGGAGGUUUGGGAUCAGAAAAACUUGAAUUUUCUCAGUAUUCUAGCUUUCGAGAUGGCAACCAAAAUGUUUGUGAUCCCGUUAGUCAUCAGCAGAAUGGAAGUUCAACAUCUUCAGCAGACAAAAGUGUUUCUUGUGUUAAAGUUGAGAAAUGUGAAUCUUUCACCUUCAACAUACCUCAGGUUCCAUCGAAGUCCGAAAAUAGCAUAACGAUGGCAGUCGUGGAGGAAAGUGAGCAGGGACUAAAGACAAAAGCUUCAUGUCUAACAUCUGCUACUCGCGAAGUAGUCGAGGAGCCUCUUAGAAUCCCUGUUGGUUCUUUUGAACAAGAACAACAGGCUGAUAUAAUUCCGAGGAGACAAAGCACUAGAAACAGACCAUUGACAGUUAGAGCAUUGGAAUGUAUAGCAAAUGAAUUCCUGCAUGUGGAAAGAAGACCAAAAAGGAAACACAUCCAGACACACAACAAAGAUCCUUUCGAUCGUUAUUGUAAGGCUCGGACAAGAGGCAAAACAAUGCUGCACCAUCAUUGUUCAGAUCAUGGAACUGCUGUUUUGGUACAAGAAGAAAAACAUUUGGAUGGAGAUGGUACAAAUGUACACAAAAAUGGCAAAAGUAUAAAUUAUGUCAUGUGAUUUUUUUUUGUAAAGAUAGAAUAUAGAUAUAGAUAAAUUAUUAUUCGGCUAUCGAUCCUUCAAUAAAAAAUUCUCUCAAGUAUCUAGGGUAGGAGAGAGACUUUGAAGCAA